UCUUGCUUUGACCAAACGAACACACGCGCUUGCAGUCCAUCAAACUUUAUUUCACGUUGUCUCGCGUGUCUGUUUAUCACCGUUUGAAUGAGGCGUAAAUAAAAGCGUUUUAUCCAUGUCAGGUUCCGAGCCACCUUCCGGUGAUUCUGGCGGAGCGGGAGGGUAUGGAGCAUUUUACCCGGCGGGAUACCAGGCGUUUCACCCGGUGGAGCACGGCCUAGACCGCAGCUUCCGACUCACGGCCCUCUCCGACCUGAAAGGAUGAGGGUGUAAAGUCCCGCAGGAGGCUCUGCUCAAACUCCUGCAGGGACUGGAGCCCGACCGGCCGCCCGGAGCGGAUGGCGGUUCGGGGACGGGUGUUGGAGACGAGACUGCGGAUUUCGGGCAGCUCGUAUCAGUUGGACAGGGUCCUCGACUAGGUAUUGGAAUGGACUCAUGUGUGAUUCCUCUGAGGCAUGGAGGUCUCUCUUUGGUCCAGACCACUGAUUUCUUCUAUCCUUUAGUGGAGGAUCCCUACAUGAUGGGACGAAUUGCCUGUGCAAAUGUACUGAGUGAUCUGUAUGCCAUGGGCAUCACAGAGUGCGACAACAUGCUCAUGCUUCUUAGUGUCAGUCAGAAGAUGAAUGAGAAGGAGAGGGAGCAUGUGAUACCUUUAAUGAUGAAGGGCUUCCGUGAUGCAGCGGAGGAGGGCGGGACUUCAGUAACUGGAGGACAAACAGUCAUCAAUCCCUGGAUAAUCAUUGGGGGUGUGGCCACUGUGGUGUGCCAGCCCAAUGACUUCAUCAUGCCUGACAGUGCUGUACCUGGAGAUGUAUUAGUUCUUACCAAACCUUUGGGAACUCAAGUAGCAGUUAAUGCCCAUCAGUGGAUGGAUAUGCCAGAUAAAUGGAACAAGAUAAAGUUGGUGAUUUCCAAGGAGGAGGUGGAGCAUGCCUAUCAGGAAGCUAUGCUCAAUAUGGCCACCCUCAAUCGCACUGCUGCUGCUUUAAUGCAUAAAUUUAAUGCACAUGCUGCCACGGACAUCACAGGAUUUGGGAUCAUUGGUCAUGCACGUAAUCUUGCACAGCAGCAGCGAAAUGACGUCGCCUUUGUCAUUCACAACCUUCCCAUUAUCUCUAAAAUGGCUGCAGUCAGCAAAGCUUGCGGCAACCUAUUUGGGCUUCUGCAGGGUACCUCCUCUGAAACAUCAGGUGGUCUGUUGAUCUGUUUGCCACGGGAGCAGGCUGCCCGCUUUUGCGCCGAGAUGAAAUCCAGUCAUGUGGAUGUGUCAGGAGCACUGGGGCAGGACAGCGGAACGGGCGAUGGGCAACAGGCUUGGAUCAUUGGCAUCGUGGAGAAGGGCAAUCGCUGUGCCCGCAUCAUCGACAAACCUAGAAUCAUAGAGGUGCCAUACCGCGGCUCAGUGGUCGGCACACAGGAGGGCAACAGCAACAAUAAUGCAAGUCUGCCUGAGGUGCAGCCAACCCUGACAUAAAUCCACAGCACCACAAAGGGACUAAAGUCUCUUAUUGAUCAACAUUAUUUUCCCCCUUUAACUUUGCCUUUCAUUUAUUGUGUCCUUGGUGGUCUUGAUUUGAGUGUGUGUGCAACUAAAACAGAGAUAGUGUUUGUGGGAGUCACUGACACUGUGUGUGUGUGUGUGUGUGUGUGUGUGUGUGUGUGUGUGUGUGUGUGUGUGUGUGUGUGUGUGUGUGUGUGUGUGUGUCAAGAUUUAAGACGGAGUAUGUGUGGUUAAUCUGCUGUCCAUUUCCUCCCCCUGUUCAACCAAAAGGGUUGAGAGCAACAGACCAAAAAUGAUUUUUCUUUAUCUGGUGGGAGAUGGAAUGGACAACAAACCAGUGUAUUUGGUCAUCUCAUUCUCUUCUACAUCUCAUUCUUUCAAACACUCUUUUUGUCAAAUCCUUAUGCUUUAUUUUUUCCAUGAUAGAGCUGUUACUAUGUUUUCUAUUUUCUCUGGGGGUUUUUUUGUGGUUUUUUUAACUCUGGGAAAAGUUUGACAAACAUGUUUUGGAACUUUUUUCCAGUAAUGAGUUUUAAACAGUAUCCAAUACAUCUGAUGUUUAAAGGGAUAGUAAACCUAAAAAUAAAUAUUGUCAUAAUUUACUCACUUGCAUGUUGUUUCAAAACUGUAUGACUGACUGACUUUGUUCUGUGAAACACAAAAAAUGUGUAUCAGUUUGUCACUAUUCACUUUCAUUUCCUUUUUUUUUUUCUUCCAUACAAUGAAAGUGUAGCCACAUAGAUUUGGAACAACAUGAGGGUGUGUAAAUGAUGACAGAAUUUUCAUUAUUGGGUUAACUAUCCCUUCAACUCUUUCAGUGUGAUGAGAUGGAGUUUACAAAGCACUGUAUUUUGCUUUGAGAUCUCACACUACAAUGGAGUUUGUUUUUUCUAAGAAAACAUUCCAACGAUUAAAAAAAUAAAUGAAAUAAAAUAAAUAAAAAGCUUUGAAUUGCAAAGAUCCAAAAUUGACAAUCAAAGUCAGAGUUUUAUCUUUUAAGCCAUCUGACAAAUGUUUCAAUACAGGACACACUACCACACCAAUGCAUCCUAGGGCCUGAAUAGUCAUAAAUAUUGGUGUAAUUAAUUGGUUUAAUUUAAUCGAUAUUUAAUAGUACAAUCAAUUAUUUAUUUUGUUUCAAAGAUCUAAAUGCAGUUGUCCAAAUUUAGGGUGUUGUUUAUUUUGCAUUGUCCACAUCAACCUGCUUCCUCAACAUGUAAUAGUUAGUAUGUAGGAAAUCCAUGUAACAUUGUCAUAUGCCUGAUGAAGUUAGGUCGAUGUUCUCUUUCUUGGGUCAUUUUCCUAAAUAGAAUUCUUGCUGGUUAGAAUAGGGUGGAGUGCUAACUUCAUUCAUUAUAGUCAGAGUAUGGACAAUAUUCAUCAUGGUUUUAGGGGCAGCAGUGUAAUUUUUAAUGGAUUGAUGAUUGUGGUGAGACGUGCUAUGAAUGAAUAAACUCAUGUUCUUCGCUUUCAUUCUGUUGAAAAACAAGGUAUUCGGUUUUGCCCCAUGGAUCUGAGAAAGGGUUGAGCAGCUUUUCUCAGUUCAGUGGGUGAGUCCAGAAUGCCAGUUCUGCCAUAUGAAUGGCUGCAGCAGAACAGCAAUGUCCACUGUCCUCUUUAUGACGCCUCUCUCUUUAACCCCAGCCAAUGGGAUGGGAGAGGUUGAUGCAAGCAGAAAGGAAGGGAUAGGCUUAUCUGCCGAGUCCAUUCAACUGGUACUGGUUUUGUCAUUGCAUUUUCAUUCAUUAUACAUCAGGAAUCAAUAAAAUAAUGUAAUUUCUCUAAA